AGAUGGCUGCUGACACUACUUGAGUUUUCUGUGACUGUCCCUCAUCCUACAUGUGACUGUAGAACCAAAAAGGCAAUGCUGGUGCUUUGUGUGUCACAGCGGCAGUAAAGAGAAAGGCUGACGAGGCAGCCGAUUCUGAAUGGACGGGCAACAAAGCACAACUGACAAAACCAGAGUUUAUGGGUUUUGUUGUCCCAGGGAGCGAAUUGUGCCUUGAUGUCAGCGAUCAGAUUGUCACUUGAAGUGAGUGUGUUGCAGCUGAAAUAUGCCCUGAACACACGAGGGCCUGGGAUUUUAAGUGAACUAUAUACUCCAAGUUCUCUGUUAUGGAUUUGAAGUCAACACUUCUGGUUGUCGGAGGAUCUGCUUGUUCUUUCAAACUGCUGAACACGGUCCUGAGAUUCCUGCCAACACCGGAGCAGGCGCUCAAGAAGUCCUGGAGGUGGAGGAACAUCAGCACUUCUUUAGCUCACAGCUCACUGAGUGGAGCAUGGGCUCUUUUAUGUUUCUACCUUCAACCUCAGUUGUUGGAGGACCUGAUCUCCCAUCACUCCUUACUCUCUCACAGUCUUGUAGCAGCAUCUACAGGUUAUUUUAUCCAUGACUUCUUGGAUGUCGCCUUGAAUCAGUCAUAUAAACAGUCCUGGGAGGUGCUCCUCCACCACUCCAUGGUGCUUUCCUGUUUCAGUUUGGCUCUGACGUCCCGCCUCUAUGUCGGUUACUCUGUGGUGUCAUUGCUGGUUGAGAUCAACUCAGUCUUCCUUCACCUCCGACAGCUCCUUCUCCUGUCAGGACGGAAGAACAGGACAGAUACAACGACCCCUCGCCCGUCUGUGACCUACAGCGUGAUCAGCUGGCUCAACCUGGCAUCGUUGUUUGUGUUUCGUGUCUGCACAUUGGGUUGGAUGACCCACUGGCUGGUAGCUCACAGUGAACUUUUGCCUCGCUUCGCCCUGAUGAUGGGGACAACGGGCCUGAGCCUCAUCUCCAUCAUGAACGUGGUGCUGCUGUACAGACUGAUCAGGGCCGACUUUAUCAGCAACACACACAACACCAGCAGGGGCCUUUAGAGGGAGCCAGUUCCUCUGAUCCAAAAUGACUCCAUUGGCCCAGUUUUCUAUCUAAUGACGGGCCUGACCACAGACUUAUUAUGUUCUUACUUAUAAUGUUUGUCAUUAUAGUAAAAAGUAAAGUGGAAUUAGACAUAAAAAAUAAUCACACAAGAGCUGCUUUUAGCUCGACUGUAGAUUCAAAAACAAAUGAUGCCUAAAAUGUUGACUUUAAGAAUUUUUCAUCAAAUUUUAUUACAUAACAUUUAAUGUGAUGUUUUUCUAUCAUGUUGAGUGUGGAUUAAAUAAAACACUAAAUAACUUGGAUUUAA